AUGCCAGACAGCAUUUUCAAAUGGUGGUUCGAUGCAAUCAAGAUUAUCCACCAGUACAUUGACGGGCACAUCGAGCGGACAUACCGCGAGAUGGCCGAGCGCAAGAAGGCAGAGGAAGCCGGUCUCGACCCGGGCCCCGAGCGCACCGAUCUGCUCUGGUCAAUGGCACAGAACCUGCCCGAUGAUGCGGUAGCAUUGCGUUCAAACAUGGCACUGAUCUUCGCGCCAAAUUCGGAUCCCAUCACCGCCUACAUCACCAACUCCCUGUGGCAAGUUGCACGCCGUCCAGACGUGUGGGAGAAAGUCCGCGCCGAGGUCCUCGCUAUCGGGGACGCACCGCUCACCUUCACCGCCCUGCGGAACAUGAAGUAUCUUGUGGCGGUGCUGAACGAAUCGCAACGUCUGAUGGUCACCAGCCUGGCGCACUCGCGCAGCGCUGGCGUUGACACCACCCUGCCCACCGGCGGCGGGCCAGAUGGCAAGUUGCCCGUCCUCAUCCGCAAAGGAGACAUUAUCCACGUGCAUAGGAACGCCCUUUUCAAGGACAAGGACGUGUGGGGCGAGGAUGCAGAGGAGUUCCGUCCCGAGAGGUGGGAACAGAAGAAGCCUUUUUGGUCCUUCAUUCCGUUCGGAGGAGGACCGCGCCGCUGCCCCGCUGAGAUGCUCGUCUUUACUCAGGCAAGUUACGUCGUCGCACGGUUGGCGCAGCAGUACAGCAGGAUAGAAUCACGAGACCCCGAGCCUUACGUCCCGGUGGUGCGUAUGACUCCUGCGAACAAGAACGGUGUAAAAAUUGCUCUUUUCAAAUGA